AAGUGUUGAAGAAUCAUCUCUGGUGUGGGGUAGGGCCAUGGUAUGAUAUCCACACAUAACAGAAGAAGGCACCGCUGCCAAUGAGAGAAGAUUCUAAUGGAUAAUAAUAAUAACAUCAUAACAUUAACAUGAUCAAAACUAUUCAACACUUCAUAUUUAUUUCCACAUUCACAUUCUCACCAAAUCAUCCUUUCAUCCUAAAGCUAUGCCAAUGGAUGUUUUCUCUGUCACCUCAACUACCAUUCCCUCCUCUCUCAUACGCAAAGAUGCUGCAGCAGCAGAUAAACCUUCUGGCCUUCUCAAGCUUUCCAAAUACUCACAUUUCAUGAGGUACCCUUUAGCUACAAUACCCUGCAAGAACAGAAUCCGUAGCAAUAGCAUAAGAGCUCAAGCUUCUUCAGGUUCAACAAAAUCUAGUACUGCUGAGGGGAUUCCUGAGAAAAAAGAUUCCAAGGAUGAUAAUUUAGUAUUUGUUGCUGGUGCUACUGGAAAAGUUGGUUCAAGAACAGUCAGGGAGCUUAUAAAGCUUGGUUUUAGAGUCAGAGCUGGAGUCAGGAAUGCUCAGAGAGCUAGUACAUUGGUUCAGAGUGUUAAACAAUUGAAGCUUGAUGGUACAAGUGGAGGAAGUGAAGCUGUAGAGAAGCUUGAAAUUGUGGAAUGUGAUUUGGAGAAGCCAAAUCAAAUUGGACCAGCAUUAGGGAAUGCAUCAACUGUGGUAUGUACCAUUGGCGCUAGUGAGAAGGAAGUUUUCGACGUUACUGGACCUUUUCGGAUAGAUUACCAGGCCACCAAAAACCUAGUUGAUGCUGCAACUGUUGCCAAAGUUAAUCACUUCAUAUUGGUUACUUCAUUGGGAACAAACAAAUUUGGUUUUCCUGCAGCUAUUCUCAAUUUAUUUUGGGGAGUCUUGUGUUGGAAAAGGAAGGCAGAAGAAGCAUUGCUAGCAAGUGGAAUUCCAUACACAAUAGUGAGACCCGGAGGCAUGGAGCGGCCUACCGAUGCUUACAGGGAAACUCAUAAUGUAACCCUAUCAACUGAAGAUACUUUAUUUGGGGGUCAGGUGUCAAACCUUCAGGUUGCUGAACUCAUGGCAGUCAUGGCCAAGAAUCGUGAUCUUUCGUACUGUAAAAUAGUGGAGGUCGUUGCCGAGACAACUGCGCCACUGACACCUGCUGAAAAACUUCUUGCAAAAAUACCUUCUCAACGCCCUUACAUUUAUCCGCCUAAGAAAGAACCAGAACAACCGAAACCAGAUACUACAGCUGUUAGUGAUCCAAGUCCCUCGGCUGAUGUCGUGGCAGAAGUACCUAUCAUUUCUCCCCAGAAAGAAACAGAACAACAGAAACCAGUGGCAAAUCAGCCACUUUCUCCUUAUACUGCUUAUGCUGAUUUAAAGCCACCAUCAUCUCCUUCUCCAUCUAAGCCUAGUGACAAGAAACAGAUAAAGAUCGGUGAUGCAGUUCCAGCGCCUAGUUCUUCAGAUACUCCAAGUAGCAUUCCAGCAAUAGAUGGAAUUUCUCAGACAAUAUCUUCCACAAAAGGAAAGGAUGUUCUUUCUCCGUAUGCAGCCUAUGAAGAUUUGAAACCUCCCACUUCUCCAACUCCAAGACAAAGUAGUUCCAAGGACAAACCUCUUACUGCGUCGACAGUCGUGGAACCUGUGUCACCAUCUACAGAGGACAAUGUUGCCGAAAAGAGUCCUUCUCAGGAUUCAAAUCCUAGUAAUUCUCCUUAUUAUGUAUAUGCUGAUUUCAAGCCUCCUAGUUCACCAUCUCCUAGUAAACCAAUUACAUCUUCUGGGGGUGAGGUGCCGAAGAUAGAUGCAGUAUCAAGCAACGGACCAGCUCAACUUUCUGUGGAAGAUAAACCUAACGAUGAUGGACAGCAGCUCAGUGAACCAAAGACAAGACCCCUUUCACCUUAUGCAAUGUAUGAGGACUUGAAGCCUCCUGCAUCGCCAUCACCUUCCUUCAGAAAAUCUUAGGAACUGCCUCCUGCCUAUGGAAUCAGACAAGGAUUAUUGUAUUGAAGAGUUUAUGCAACAACUCAUGGAGGAUUGUCACUCAAAUGUGAAGAUCUGAAGCAUCUAUGCAAAUGGAGAUUUUUCAGCCAUGCCAUUUAUUUCUUGAUGACCUUUUGAGGAUCAUUCAAUGAGCAUUGUUGUUUUUAAAUUUUAUUUAUAUAAUUUACUUUUCCCAUGUUAUUACAAUUUAAAUAAGGAAAAGGUAUUAUAUUUCA